AUGCAGAUUUAUGGGUUCAUCAACAGCUGCCUCCAGUCUCUGGUGAUGGACAAGUUUGGCCAGGAGACCUGGGACAAACUCAGCUCUCUACCAGGGGUCCAGGAUUCCUUCAUGACCUACACGGUUUACGACGACACUCUGACUCUCAGUCUGGUGCAGGAGGCCUGUUCUCUGCUGGAUGUCUCCGCUGAGGUUUUUCUGAAGCUUUUCGGAGAGCAUUUCUUUCUCUUCUGCAAACAAGCGGGCUAUGACACCAUGCUGAGGACGCUGGGAGGAAACCUCGUGGAAUUCAUCGGAAAUCUGGACGCUCUCCACAGCUACCUGGCUCUGUCCUAUCAGGAAAUGAACGCGCCGUCUUUCCGAGUGGAGAUGACCGACGAUGGGAAGAUGCUACUUCACUACUACUCUGACCGGAAGGGCCUGUACCACAUUGUGCCUGGUAUCAUGGAGGCGGUUGCCCGAGAUCUUUUUGAUAGCAAAUUGACCAUGAACAUUCUGAAUCAAUCAGAGGAAGACGAGCGCACAGGGAAGAAGGAACAUGUUGUGUUUCUAGUCAUACAAACAAAGGACCAGGACCUUUCCAGUCAUAGAGGGGAGGCAUUACUCACAACAAUGAGGGACCGGUGUGCAUCACUGGCUGGGACAAAGAACGGCUGGGACCUGAUCAGAGCUGUGGUUCCCUCAGAAAAAGGCAGCCUCCAUUGCACCUUCCGUCCAUGUUACCCGGACAAGCUGUGGGUGGAGGAGAAGGCUUUCUGCAAUGCGUUUCCCUUCCAUAUUGUCUUUGAUGAGGAUCUGAAGGUAAGACAGAUGGGGGUGAACAUACAAAAGUUUCAUCCAGAUCUCCAGGCCAGAGAUGCUACGUUGGACCAAAGCUUCACCAUUAUACACCCACAGGUGACUUUCACCAUUGAGAGCAUCAGGAAAUUCAUCAACAGUCAAUUUGUCUUGAAGAGCUGCAAAGACAAACACACCACGCUCAAACUAAGAGGUCAGAUGAUGUGGAUGGAGUCUCUUGGCUGUAUGUUGUACCUGUGUUCUCCGAAACUGCGAAGCCUUCAGGAACUUCAAGAUGUCGGCCUCCACCUGGCUGACCUGGCCCAGCACGAUGCCACCAGAGACCUGGUUCUCCUCAACCAGCAACGUCUAGCUGAGAUGGAGCUCACCAACCAGCUGGAGAGGAAAAAGGAGGAACUGAGAAUCCUGUCGCAGCACCUAGAGGUUGAAAAACAGAAGACAGAGACUCUGCUGUACGCCAUGCUGCCCCGUCACAUAGCCAAUCAGCUCAAAGAUGGGAAGAGCGUAGAGGCAGGGGAGUUUGAGGUGUGCACUAUUUUGUUCAGUGACGUGGUAACCUUCACCAGCAUCUGCGCCGCCUGUGAGCCCAUCCAGAUCGUUCACAUGCUCAACUCCAUGUACUCCAAGUUUGACCGACUCACCAGCAUCCAUGACAUCUACAAGGUAUUAUAUGGUUUCCUAAAGGUUGAGACUAUUGGUGAUGCAUACAUGGUGGUGGGUGGCGUUCCAGUCCCGACAAAAACCCAUGCUCACAGAGUGGCAAACUUUGCCUUGGGUAUGAGGAUAGCUGCCAGAGAGGUCACCAACCCUGUAACGGGCAAACCCAUACAGAUCCGUGUGGGUCUCCAUACCGGUCCAGUGUUAGCCGGGGUGGUCGGGGAUAAGAUGCCUCGCUACUGCCUGUUUGGAGACACUGUUAACACCGCCUCCAGGAUGGAGAGCCAUGGAUUGCCCGACAACAUUCACCUCAGCACUUCCACAUAUAGUGCAUUGAAGGAUGCUGGGUUCAACAUAAAAGAGCGUGGGCAGAUUGAGGUAAAGGGCAAAGGACAGAUGACUACUUACUUCCUGAUGGGGAACCUGCUGGUGUCAGAAGAUGGCAUCAUGGGAAGAGAGGUCGGAGGGGCCUGUCUUUACGGGGAGGACCUUUAUGGCCAGAGCAAAAAGGAAUCUGACAGCGAGCCUGAUGUGAGAGCUGAGACACGUACCGACGGAGUGGAUGCCCCCGACCCGAGCCCACUGGAACCAAUGGCUCCCUUCGCCUGGGACAUCAGCGCCCCGUUUGAGACCAACGACAACGGCGACAAGGCAUCUGCAAGCAGUCGACUCUGUGUCUUAUUCUGA